CUCUUUUAAUGGAGGCGGUUUAUUUAAUUCAUAUAUUUUAUAUUAGCACCGCCAUCACCGCCACACAAUUUGAUUUUUUUAUAUAAAUCAUGAUGAUGAGGAUGGAUCAACUUGACUUAUUGAUGGGUUAUUAUUAUUGUCAACUUACUAGUUCAACUCAGCUCAGCUCAACUAAGUUCUCUAUAGAUAGAUAGUAUUAUACCAUAUAAUUAAUAUAUUAGUUACAUGUGUGUGUUCAGCUUCAAGGUGGCGAAUUCAAGGAAGUCCGGCGAGAGUAGUGUGAGGUUGAGAGGUGGUUUGGAGGAAGAGCAGGAGAGAGAAAGAGAUGAGUUACUCUACGGAUACCAAUACAGUAGGGAGAUGGAGAUGUCCGCCAUGGUAUCUGCACUCACCCAUGUGGUUUCUGGAGGAGACCUCACUCGGGAUAAUGAUAUAACUGGUGGCGGUGGCGGUGGCGGUGGUGGUGGUGGUGGUGGUUCAUCAUCUGUUGGAGAGAAGAGAGGACGUGAACAGGAUGGUCGUGGUGGUGGUAUCUCUGAACCAGUAGCACGAGUUUGUACGGCAUAUGCUGACUUCCCAUUUGGUGGUUCAUCUCUUACUUUUAAAGGUUCAAGUAGUAGAACAAGCAGCAUGGCAGCAGCAGAAACCACAUACACAUAUGAAACCAGUGAGUCCUGUGGAAGAGGAGGAGGUGGAGGAGGAGCAGAGGAAAGGAGAAAAUACAGAGGAGUGAGACAGAGGCCAUGGGGAAAAUGGGCAGCUGAAAUAAGAGACCCUUACAAGGCUGCAAGGGUUUGGUUAGGCACAUUUGACACUGCUGAGGCUGCUGCAAUGGCCUAUGAUGAAGCUGCUCUCAAGUUCAGAGGCAACAAGGCCAAACUCAACUUCCCUGAAAAUGUCAGACUCCGACACUCGCCACCGACCGCUGUUUCUAAUCCUCCAAAUACAAAUACAAAUGAUAGCCUUGUCUCUGUUUCGACAUCGAGUGAGCCCAUUGUUCAUUCUCAACCUUCUUAUUAUCAUAACUUGGAGUUGCAGAGGAUGAGCACAGACUACAUGAACUACUACAACAACUCUCAGUGGAAUUAUUCUGAUGAUAAUAAUAAGCUUCUUCUAAGACAGCCUACAAGCUUCAGUUUGUUGGAUCAAAUGAUGUUGUCAUCUUCUUCAAUGGGUUCCCAUAUUCAAUCUUCUUCUUCUUCUUCUUCAGUUAGGUACCCUGUUUCAUCAUCAUCUUCGUCACCACCGCUACCACCUUCUUCUGUUCCUCGGCUUUUUCAAGCUCAGCCACCGCAUGAACUUGGGCCACCCACCACCGGUCACAGUAGUCAUACAGAUUUUCUGGCUGCCACUUGGUCAGAUUCUACUCAUCAGCCUUCCUCUUCAGGAUAAUUUUGGUUUUUUCUUCUUGUUUGCUUUUUUGAAUUUUGAACUUUUUGGUAGCUUUUUUGAACUUGUUUUGUCGAUUUUAUUUUUCAAUUGGACUUUAUAGCUAUCGUAAUUAAUUUUUUGUAUUAGGUUAUGAUGAGUUUCACAUCAUUUUGUGCGUGUUAUUGCUGAAAUCUUGUUUCUUCAUGAAAUCAUGCAAAGUUAUUGCAGUA